ACUGUUCUGGAUUAGCACGUGUACAUACUUCUCUUGCUUCCCCAUACCACAACCACAUCCGAUCCGAAAUCAUGUCUAUGCGUCCCUCCGGUUUCAUUGAUCAUCCCUUUGCAGAUCUGAUCACUUACAACACAUCAUCAGACCCCCAAGCCCAAGUGGACUGGAAGGAAACUCCCAACGAGCACGUCUUCCACGUGGAUCUCCCCGGCUUCUCCAAGGAGGACGUGAAGCUUCACCUUGUUGAUGGAAGAGCCGUCCAAAUAAGUGGGGAGAGGAAGGAGGAAGACGAAGCCGCGGAGAAAGGCCGCAAAUGGCACCGCCGAGAGCGGGCAAGCGCCUCCCGUGUGUACCGCCAGUUCCAUUUACCGGACAGUGCUAAAGUCGAAGAGAUCAAAGCAUUGAUGCGGGAUGGCGUGCUUACUCUGACGGUGCCCAAAGAUGAGCACAAGAAGAAGCAGCAGCAGCUGAAGCACAAGGCCGUGGAAUUAUCCGGCGAGGACCGUGACCAUCAUCCCCUUAAAGGAUUCGGUCGCUUUGUUUGCUGCAAAGCUUAAGAACUUAUAGCGAGAGCUUAGGCAUGUCUUUGCGUGAAACCGAUAAGUCGUCUUCAUUGUUUGGUGAUGUCAUUGUGUAAGUAGAUGUUGUUGUCCUCUUCUUCUUACAUAACGUACUCACAAACAAACGCUGUGUCGUUGGACUUUGAAUGGAUGAAUUGCUGAGCUGUUUGCUGAAA